AUGGAGUUAUUACAAUCAUUCGAUUCUUCACAGAAUAAAAGACAUGAAUUAUUAACUUGGAUAACAAAUAAUCACGAAUCUAUAGUUUCCAAAAUAAAUGAUCCAAAAUCUCCAUUACCUGAAAAUAUUUCUGAUGAUUGCUUAAGUUUAUAUAAUCAAUUAAAUGAUUAUUUCAAAUUCUUAAUUCAAUUAGAUGAUCAAGCUCCAUAUGAAUCUCAUUUCAUCUCUAUUAGAUUAUCUCAAUUAUAUAACCUCUUAUUAUUGAAUUUAGAAAAAGAUUACAAUUCCAAGAUUUUCGAUUCUGCUGAAUUAUUAACAAAUAUACUGUUAGAGGAGAACGUUUUAAAAGAUAAUAAAAACAAUUCCACCAAUGAUCAUAGUAGUAAUAGUAUAACUAACAAAUCCAAGAAAAGUUCAUCAAAUUCUAAGAAAACUUAUACUUAUUCACCUAUAAAGGAUAUUGCUGCCACUAUUUUAAUUCAAAUGUUUGAAAUCUUUGGUAAAAAAAUAAAAUUAUUAACUCCAAAUCUUUUAAUAGCCAUCUUUAAAAAUAUUAAAAAAAUGAUGGAAAAAAAUAAAUAUAAACAUGCUACUUAUAUGACAACUUUAUUCCAAUUAUUAAAUUCCAUGAUUAGAAAUUGUGGAUUAAAUAUUAUGGAUUCAAAUUUCAUUUCGAAAUUUAAUAAAAUUUCUAAAUUAACUUUUGAAGAUAUUUAUAAUGAUAAUCAAGAUUUCCCAAUUUAUUUUAUUUCUAUCAUGAUAGAAUUAUGGUCAAAUCAUUUCAAACAAGAUUCUUUUAUAAAAGAUCAUUCUUCCAAUUUAUUAAAUACUUUUUAUACAAGAUUCAUUCAAAGUGAUAUUGCUGUUUAUGGAUUUUCUAAUGAUCAAUCAAGGAUUUUAACUUCAAAAGUUUUAAGUGAAAUUUUAUUUUAUUAUUAUUUUAAUAAAAAAAUAGUUAAUUUAAAUGAUAUUUGGAAUUUUUAUAAAAAAUUCUUCAUUGAAUCCAUUUCAAGAGAUUUUAAAGCUGGUUGCAUGGAAUCAUUAACACAUUUCAUCUCCUUAUGUUUAUCAAUUGAUAAAACUUUUUUAAGUGGCAUUAAAUAUUUGAAUUAUUUGAAAAUUCUAUUAUCAGUAUUUGAUGAAGAACUUGUUAACAAAAAUACUACAGAUUCAACAACAAGAGAUAUGAGAUUUUUCGAAAAUUUCCAUAAAUUAAUUUUACCUUAUUUAGGUGAUUCAUCAAAGACUCAAAUUUUAUUCAAAUUAUUAGGAGUUUCUGUAGAACCAGAAAAUAAUCAAUUAAUUAAAUUAAAUAAAUCAAAUUAUUCCAUUGACAACAAUAGUAACACCCUAACAAUUUCAGAUAAUCCAAAACUGAUGUGGUUAACUCUAUCCCAAUUACAUCUUUGUAAAAUAUUAUUAAAUGAUCUUUCAUCUUCAUUUGCAACUGAUGAUUCAAUUAUUGAACAAAUAAAAUCAAAAUUAUUAAAUUUAGCAACUUGUGAUACUUUUAUGUUACGUAUUGAAUCGAUUGUUGUAUUUAAAAUAUUCUUAUCACAUUUCCCUGAAUAUUUAUCUGAUAUUUUAGAAAAAUCUCUAAAAAAUUUAACUGCAGAUUUCCAAUUAAAAGAUGAUUUCCCAUUUGCUAAAAAUCAUGGUAAUACUUUAUUAAUUGCCAAUUUAAUUUCUUUAGCUGAUAAAGAGUAUGUGGCUUAUGAAUUAAUUAUGAGAAUUACGAUUUUUGCCACAUCAUUUAUAAAACAGCAUACUACUUCUACUCAAUCAUCGAUGUAUCAUAAAGGUAUUAUAUGUUGGAUUCUUUUAAUGGGGUUAAUGAAUUAUCAAGAUGAACAACAUCUAGAAAUGCAAUCUGCACAAUUAUUUAUUUUUUGGAAAGUUUUAUUAACUCAUACUUUUACUUAUAGAAAUGAAGAUGAAUUGUAUAAAAAUUUGGAAAUUCGAAAUCAUGCAUUAACUUGUUUAUUAACAUAUUUGAAUAGAGCAAAAUUAAACUCAGAUACUGCAAGACAGAUAUCUUAUCUUUUAACAAAAUGCUCCAAUUUCAACCAUUCAGUGACUUUAAAAUCAACUAAUAUUGAUAGUGUGUUAUUAGUAAAUGAAAGUAAAAUAUUACAAGUUUAUUUAAAGAUUCAUGAGUAUGUCAAAGGUGAUUUUAAUAGUUCUUUAUUAAUCUUAAUUAUCAAGAAUUUUUCAAAUCCAUACUUAUUUCAAGAAACAAAUAAUUCAUACUUCUCAAAGAGUUCAGGAAAGCAAAAUGCAUUAAAGGAAGAAGAAAAAGAUACUUCAUUCUUAGGAACAUCAGUUAAUACAUUAUUACAUACUAAUGAUAAAUCUGCUCUUGGAUUAUCAAGUAAAAUCAAUUACAAUGGUAUUGCUGAAUUAAGUAUUAAAUCUCCAAAAAAUUCUUUACUAGAAAUUAGUGGUAGUUGGCCAUCAAAUGAUUAUAAUUGGUAUAAUGGAUUUGAAAAUGAAGUAAUGAAACCAAUUUCUCCAAUUUUCUCUAUGGAUUAUUUAAUUAUAUUAUAUGGUAAGGGAACAUAUUCAGGUAAUGACAUUUUCUCUCCAAGAUUAACUACAUCUGUCAUUGAUGCUUCUAUGGAACUUUUCUCUAUGGUUUAUCCCCAUUUGAAUAGUAAGAUUCAAUAUUCAGUUAUGGAAAAUCUAAACUUAUCUAUGUUUUCAAAAAUGACUACACCUUUAAGAAGUAUAGCUAUUGCUGCUAAUAUUUGUGUAGUUAUUUAUAAUGCAUUAAGAAUUAUCCAGGAGAAAGAAUUAAUUUUAGAUGAGCCCGUUGGUAAAUUAAUGUUAAAUUCAAUCAGUAAGAUUGAGUUCUAUAAUGAUUCUUAUAUUACAAGAUUAAAAUCUGCUUGUACAGGGCUAAUUAUUGCUGCUGUUGCUAGAGGUAUGGACAACCAAACAAGACAAGCUUAUAUUACUGAGCAUGGUAAUAUCAUUAUUAAGAGGAUAUCCGAUAUGAACGAACCUUAUUUCCGUGUAUAUUAUGCUAUGUCACUUGCCUCUAUUUUUAAAUAUAAUCCUCAAAAUGCAUCAUUUUCUUCCUUCUUUGAUAUUAUAAUUGCAUUAGUUAAUGAUCCACAUCCAGUGGUUCAUUCAUGGUCUUUGAAGGCUAUGCAUGUUCUAUUAGAAAAAUAUUUGGCAAUCACUCCACCAGUUACAUCAAGACUUUUAAAUACUUUAGAAGACGUUUUAACCAAUCCCAAUUUUGGUCAAUUUGGUUCAUCUACUCUUCGUUAUAAUUAUAAUAUCGAGUACAAUUCUUACACGGUCAUCAGCCAAAUUGUUUGCACUUUAUCUGAAAAUUUAGGACCUAAUUUGAAAGAUUUAAAUCCAAUAGAUAUUUAUCGUUAUAGAAAUAUAGUUAAUAGUGGAUUACUAUCAGAAGAUGUUUCGACUCAAUUAUUAAGUUUUUCAGCUUAUCAUAAUAUCGCAACUUUUAAAUUAACUGAUAUAUUAAAUGAUACUAUGUUUAUCACUGCAGGCCAAAAGACAUUAAUAUCGUCAAUUCUUCCAGGUUUUGGAAGCAAUUAUUUUAAUUCUAAAUUUACUAGAAAUAAUGAAUUAAUACCUGAGACGUCAACUUUAAAAGGUGCUUCAGAAGUUUUCAAAUUAUUUGCUCAAUUAAUUAAAUUACAAAAGAAAGAAUUAUUUAUUAAACAAAUGGAUAGUACGGCAUGGCUAUUCUUGGCUUUAUAUCCAUCGUCCGAUUCUGUUAUUGAGUAUUUUACAGAAUGGCUAUUAAACAGUAUUGAAGAAGAUCAUCAUUGGUUUGAUAAAUUAUAUGCAAUGUUCAAUAUGCCAAGGGGUAGAUUAUUUAAUGGAUUUUAUAAAAAUGUUGAUAAAUUGCUGGAUAGAAUGGGGCUACAAACUGAAAAAGAAGUUGAAUUAAAAAGAGAUGAAGAAAAAUCUAUUAAUCCAGAAGAAGUAGUAGGUAAACCGGAACUCACUGAUGAUUUAGCUGACACAAUCCAAUGGAGAAGUAAACAAGCCAUUUUGAAACUAUUAACUAUAAUAUUACAAAAUUCAAAAGAUAACAAGAAAUUAUUUUUACUUUUAAGUUCUAAGCUACCAGAAUUAAUUAGAAUGUCAUUCCAAGCAUCUACAAUGAGAAUUAUUCCGAUUAAAAAGACUGGUCUUGAAGUUUUAGACUUUAUUUUAACCCAAUAUUCGAGUAUGAGAGAUCCAGAAAACCCUUCAAAUUACGAUUUAGAACAGCAAGAAGCACAAAUUACAAGUGCAUUAAUGCCAGCAUUCGGUAAAGGAAGUUCCCCAGAUAUUAUUUCUUCUGCAAUUAUUGUUAGCGCUCAGUUCUUAUCUUCUAGUGUUGCUCCUUUAAACAGAUUGGGCAGAAUAUCACAUUUAUUAAUUGAUUUACUAGGUGAUUUCGAAAACAAGAAUGCCACUAUUAAAGUUGGAGAAGCAUCUAUCCUAACUCAAAAGGCCAGAAGGAAAAUCGAACUUUCAUCAUUAAAUGCCUGGGCACAAAUAGUGGAAAAAGCAUUGCUCACUAAAAACGAUGAACUCAUUACCUUUACGAAAGGCUAUUGGAACACAUUGAUAUAUUUAUGGAUAAUUUCUCUGCGUGAAUAUGUGAUGGUCAAAUAUGAAAGUAUUCAAGAAAUAAGUUCCAAUACAUCUCAAUCUAAAAAUGUAUUAACAGAGAUUAAAAAUUCGAAAUUGGAAUUAUAUAAGCCAGUAUGGCUAAAUUUCGUUGAGACCUUGGGAUGCUUAUUAGAAGAAAAUAAAGAUAUGAUAUUAGAAUGUUUAAACGAAGAUGAAAUUGAAAGUUUUAUGUUCAUUUUGCUAACUCAAUGCUUAGAAGCAAUUAUUAAGAAUAUUGACAAUCAUUCAGUUAAGAAACGUGUCUUACCAGCUCUACACAAUAUUUUAAAAUGUGGUGUUUCAUUAGAAUCUUUAUUUGAAGAUAAUAUUCAUUUGGAAGUUUCAGGUACCUUGGAACGUUUAAUCAUUAUUGGUGAUGAAGAUGAGAAAUUGGUUAUCGUUAACAUUAUUGAUGACUUAUUAAAGGGAUAUCUAUCUCAAAACAGCACUACUGAAGCAUUCUUGUCAGGUGUGGACAAGUUAUAUGAAUAUUUAAGAUUACUAUUAAUUAUCGUUUCAUCGAAACUACCAUUUAUUAAAUUUAACUCGUUUGAAGAACAUGAAGUUCCUAUCGAGAAAUUAACUUCUAGUGAUUUAGAAUUGAUAAAAUAUGCAUUUACUGUAUUCCAGCAAAAUGUGAGUAAGUUUGAUAGUGUUUUCAAAUUCGACCUAGAUGCUUGCUUAUUGUAUAUUAUUGGUAAAAUACUUGAAAGUGACACAAGAAAUAAUAUGAUUUCAAUAAUUCUUCCGUUAUUAAGAGAUAUGAUGAAAGAUUUUUCAAUUGAUAAAAAUAAUGACACUCUAAUAACAAUCUUUUUUUCUUCUACUAAAGAGAUUAUCUUCCAUAAACUUACUGAUGAAAAUAAAAUAGCCACCCUUUUGGUAUUUGCUACAAAUGGUUAUUCUAGCUUCACUGACGAAGAGAUUGAUAAUAUUUGUAAAGCAUUGGUAGAAGGUUUAGGUAAUACUGAUCUUCAAGCAAUUAGUAUUCAGUCUUUGAAAGCCAUUAUUAAUAAGUUGGAUACACAUAUUGCCUGUAAACGAAUUAUGAAGAAUAUUUUACAAAAAUUUUCUCAAAUUUACAUAUCAAUUGAAGCUGAAAAACAGGCUAGAAUUAUUUUGGAAAUUGUCACUUUAUUUACAAAAAAGACUAUCGAAUCAGAUUCUUCAAAAAUAUUGCAAUCGUUCGCAUUAUGCAUAACUUUUAUCAUAUGGUUCUACGACAAGACUGCAAACAACUUACUAAUUGCAGGUGAUAAAUUAAUGGAACUUGCUGCAGCAGAUUCUGAAAACUUUAAAGCCACUCUGAAUACUGUAUUAACAAUUGAUCAAAAGGCAAAGAUUGAAAGGCUCUUAUCCGAUUAUGACACUGAAUCUAAAAGUAAACUUUCGAAUAAAGAUGGACUACUAAAAUUGAAAAGCUUUUCCUAA